AUGGCGCAGACACAGGACUCUCCUAAACGGUCCACAACGGCCUCUGAGCGAAGAGGAGGGCGUGGUGAUCGAGCAGGGCGCUAUGGUCACGUACCUGAAGUUCACAACCUCCGAGACCUGCACGACUGCAUGGGCCAGAUACCAGGGGACGUGGAGGAGUUCGGAGAAUUUCAGCCAGACCUAAGCAUUUCAUCAAAGCAAGAUGUAGAAACUUCACAAAAUCCUAACAUGGACAAUGAUGACAAUGAACUUUUCAACCAUACAACAAAACGGAUGCUUUAUCCUGCAGCAAAGCAGUGUGCUGGUGACUGGAUCUCUGUCAGAGAUGACAAAAGAAAGAGCAUUCUAGGUGCAGUAGAUGAGUUUUGCACUUCCUUGGAAGAAUUGAGGGAUCAGGACUGUUGCACAGAGCAUGACAGCGACGAAAAACCAAGCCACAUCAUAAUGCUUCGCAUGCUCCCAUUUGAUGUUACCACUGUAGAGAUUCUAGCCCAGCUGCAGCAACAGGGAAUUCAGCCAAAAGACAUCCGCCUCAUGAGAAAGACAUCAGGUCAGAGCCGAGGAUUCGCCUUCGUCGAGUUUAAUCUCAUACAGGAGGCCACCAGCUGGAUGGAGACCAACCAGGGAGUGCUGUCCUUACUGGGCCAGAGAGUGUCUAUGCACUAUAGUGAUCCAAAGCCACGAGCAAGAGAAGACUGGCUUUGCAACAAGUGUGGAGUGCAGAACUUUAAACGGAGGGCAAAAUGCUUUAAAUGUUGCACAAAUAAAGCAGAGGCAGAGCUGAAGCUUCCCCAUUUAACGCAGGACAUGGUUGUUGGACCAAACAAUAAUCAAAUCCAAGGAUUGUUGCCUUCACCUGUGCAUUACUCGACAUCAGGGCUCUGUGUGGCCCCCGGACAAUCUGCACAACCACAAACUGAUGUUGCCAAUGACACUCUUAUCCUUAGAAACGUUGGACUACAUACUUCAGUUGAUGCUAUCUUGUUAGCUUUAUCUCCUUUUGCAACUCUUCUUCCCUCUAAUGUACGGUUGAUCAAGGAUAAGCACACUAAUCUCAACAGAGGUUUUGCCUUCCUGCAGCUGUCAACGAUUGUGGAGGCGUCACAGCUACUGCAGAUUUUACAGACUCAGCUUCCAUCGCUUUCUAUUGACGGCAAGGCUAUUAUGGUUGAGUUUGCCAAAGGAUCGAAACGUGAUGUUUUUUUAACGGAGAGCGGAAAAGUGAGUUCUGCAACUGUGGCCAGUACAGCUAUAGCUGCAGCUCAGUGGGCUGUGACACAAAAUGCUCUGGGAGCCAAUUCCAGUGGAGUGGUGUUUCAACAAGCUGCACCUGUGACUUAUACGCAUGAAACAUUCCCUGGGUCCAUUAACGCUACGGGGGUUGGAGAUGUGUCCACCGAAGCACACAGAGAGCCCACAAUUGGUGCUAUGACACCAGAGGGAGCUAUUCCUCAGCCUUUGAUUCACACACAGACCAUCUCCACCUCAGCAGCCACUGCACCAAGCAUUCAGGAUGAACUUAUGGGUACAACUGUUCCAGUUCAACCUGCCAUUCCAGGAACUGAACAUGAGCUUCAACAGUAUCCUGUCCCAAACAUGUCGACUUACCAGUAUGAUGAGAGCUCGGGAUACUAUUACGACCCUCUCACAGGAUUAUACUAUGAUCCAAACUCCCAAUACUACUACAAUCCUCACACUCAGCAUUAUAUGUACUGGGAUGGAGAAAAGCACAAGUAUAUUCCUGCGGAAAGCCAGUCAAAUAUUGAUAAUGUUGGCAUGGUAUCAAAGGACAAAAAGGAAAAAGAAAAAGGCAAAACAGCACAACAGAUUGCCAAAGAUAUGGAACGCUGGGCCAAAAGUUUAAAUAAACAUAAAGAGAACAUGCGCUCUUCUUCUGGUGGGUCAGUGUUGGGCCUGGGGCAGACGAGAGGCCGUUCAGAGGACUUAAGGGAAUCUGCCAGCGCUGAUGCCGGUUAUGCUGUUCUGGAGAAAAAGGGAGCACUGUUAGAACGUCCUCAGAUUAAUUUUGACCAACUGAGACAAACAACUAUGAGUUCACCCAUUCUACAGUUGGGUCUAGUGGCAGUCUACAAUGGAGAUGCUGACAAGGAUGAAGGAGCAUCUGAAGAUCAGGGAGAAGUUUGUAUGACUGACUGGUCUAAAUUGGCAUGUUUGCUUUGUCGGAGACAGUUUCCAAGCAAGGAAGCCCUCAUCAGGCAUCAGGAGCUCUCUGAACUCCAUAAGCAAAACUUGGAGCAAAUGCAGUUUAUGCUUGUCAAAGGCAAAAUUACAGAUGAAUUUCAACCUCCUGACUGGAAGAAAAGGAAGAUUUUAUCAAUUGUAGAAGAAAUUACGCCAUCAUUAGCUAACCUAGCUGUAGCUAUCAACAAGUUAAAGGAACAGGUUCAGUCUUUAACCCAAAAUCACAUAGAGGAGGGCCUUUCCUUAUUAUGUAAAACUGGAAAUGGAUUAGCACAUGCUUUUGUAAAAUUGGAACUGAAGGAAAGGGGACUGAAUGACAUCUCUGCAAUCAGCAACUUCAUUCACAUACGUUUUCUGAAUUUGUCAAACAACCACCUUCGAGACCUCUCUCCUCUGGCCUCACUGACACAGUUGCUCUGGCUUAAGGCAAAUGGUAAUCAAAUACAGUCAUUUGAGAGACAGCCUUUUGGUCAACUCACAUUCCUCCAGUGGCUCAAUGUAGCAGCAAAUUUAUUGACAGAUAUGGAUGAGCUUCUUGGGCCUUCUUUAGAGAUGCUCAAUCUCACUGGUAACAGGAUCAAGAAUAUAAGAUGUCUUCAAAGUAGUCGUUUUACCAAUCUGGUUACACUAGAGCUGAGGGGGAACCAACUGGACUCAACUGAAGGAAUUAACUUGCCAAAUUUGCACCAUCUGUUCAUGGCCCAAAAUUUUAUUAAACAUUUGGAUGGAUUGGACAAGUUAGAAAAUCUGAAAACUCUGCACUUGAGAGAAAACCAGAUAGAACAUUUGAAUGGACUUAACUUUAACAUGAGGUGUCUUCAGUACCUCAAUGUAAGAGGCAAUAAAGUUGAAGAUGAGAAUGCCAUUCAAAACUUGAGACUUGUGUCAAAAUCCCUUAAAAUCUUAGUGUUUAUGGAAAACCCUGUGACAAACACUUCAGAGUACCGUAUAGAUGUAGUGAUGCUGUUGCCAACUUUGGAGAGGCUUGAUAAAGAACCCAUUACAGCCCAUGAAAGGUUUAAAGCCAAGAAGAAAUUCCAGGAACUUUACGAAGAGGAAACAGUUGAGCCAUGA